UUUCCUGCUCAGCGGGACGACUGCCCAGAAGGGCUUCUGUACUUAAUGUAUCGGCCAAAUGACUUCAAAGAGACCCGCCGAACCUCCCAUACGAGCAUGUCGGAGCGAACAAAAGAUAAGCUGGCGGAGAUUGGGUCCAGAAUUUUCGGAGCCAGCGGAAAGGACCGUGAGCGGGAGAGUCAGGACCUAUUGCGUGCAUUUGAGGCCAUGCUGAAUGAUCGCGGAAUUCAUGGUCCUGCACGGACUCACAUGAUGAGCUUUGACAGUAGUCGGAAAAGGCGUCUCAUUCUAGACUGGCAGCAGCAAAGAAGACCAGACGCAGAGAGGGCAAACGUACAAGGGAAUCACUCCCCUCCACCGGGUUCGCCUGGGAUGAGAAGGACUUCUGUCGGCUCGAUAGGCUCUCACCAUUCCAAUGCGUCAUCAAUGGAGUCUAUGCCUUUGGCGCACAAGUCAUCUGUUACGUCACUCAAUGGGGAAACUGAUGAGAAGCUUGAAAGGCUCUUUGUGGCGGUAUUAGACAGAUUAAAGAUACAUGGUUCUGCACGAGAAACCAUGAUCCGAACUCUGGACGCUAAGCGAAAGCGCGAUCUUAUCGAACAGUAUCGCCGGGCCAGGGAAUUGGAAAAACAAUCUGCCCGCAGAAACUCUGCCGCACCACGUCAGGAGAGAACACAGAGCCAGGCUCAAGCCCCUGAGGUUGAGUCCGUUAACCUCGAUACGGAAGACCUUGAAAAAGUGUUCCGUAGAGUGUUGGAUGAACUAGAUAUCAGAGGAUCUGCCCGAGAUAAUAUGUUGAAAAUGGACCGUACGCGACAAAGAGAGAUCAUACAGCUGUAUCAUCAUCUACGUCAAAAGGAGGGCAGCCAGCCGGGAAGAACGUUGUCUACAACUUCCACAUUAGUCGCCCCACCAUUGCCAGACCGCCAUUCUGCGAACGGUAAUAUGCCGUCUCUUCCUGAGCGAACCGACUCACUUCAAACUUCAUCUCCUGCCGACUUGAACACUCUUGGGGAGCAAACUCCCCAACGCUUUGUUGCUCUGUUAGCAAAUAGAAACACUCCUCUUAAGGCCCUAUAUCGGCAUCUCACGGCAUUCCGCAUUACACUCUCCCUGUCAAAUGCCAAUUUCAUACGUGACUUCCUGCAGGCUGAGGUCCCCUACUUAGGUCUUCAUGGUGUGCGUGGAAUACGUGCUCUAGAAAUUGUAUUGGACCGCGUUUAUGAAGCAAAGCAUUUGCGGAGUAUCACAUCGGGGGGACAUCGGUCCUACCGGAACUAUACCGCCGACAAACCCCUACCCCCAAUUCCUGCCGGAGGACAUUCAUCAUACGCCGAUGCUGUUUUAGAAGACGAGCUUGGCCUUGAGACUGUUCGCUGCAUCAAACUAAUCAUGAAUGCCGAAGUAGGAUAUGCCGCGGUGUUGAAUUCCCCUUCCUUAAUGAAGCAGCUGGCGUACUGCUUGGCUGCACCUGAUCUUUCAGCAGCAACCAUUGGUGGGGAUGCGAGGACCCGACGCGCGAAUAUAGCAUUACGGACUGCAGUGGCUGGGGUUUUGGGCCCCAUGUGCCUGCUUUCUGAGAAAGGCAGAACACUGGCCCUGCAGUCAAUGUCAGAUCUUGCGGUUGCUCAGGGUGAACCUGGCAGGUUCAAUUGCAUGAUUAACUCCCUUCUUGAUCCGUUUGUAAGCCCGUUGCAAGCAACCUGCACCACCCCAGCCGAUUGGCGAGACUCGGAUGAGGUUCAAGCUACAUGGGAGUACCGGACGGCCAUAAUGAUUUUCGUGAAUGGACUUGUAUCUGCUCCUGAAGACUCACGUGAGAGGUGGAAGAUACGGCGCGAGGUCGAGGAUCGGGGUCUGCGAAGAGUUAUGCAGACUUUGCGGGACAUGGAGCCCCCAGAACCCCUGGCAGUGCAAUUGGAUGCAUAUGAAGAAGAUCGAGCAGCGGAUUUGGAAAUGAUGGAGGCCGCUUUCCGUGAGAAGAACGCGGCGUUAAGUGACCCUCGAGAAACACUAGACAAGCUUUUGGAAACUGCGAAGGCUUUACCUGACCCUGAGCGGGCGCAAAAUCUGGUGCUGACCACGAUUAAAAAUGUUUCAACCAUGGUGGAAGCAUUGCGAAAACGCGCUAGCAUAAUUAACCGUUGCUCAGAGGCCGGCGCACACCAGAUAAAAAUGGAUGUGGAUGCCGAUCUUGAGGUCAGGGAAGAGGCAGCUGAGGCACUUGCGCUCAUGGAGCGUGCCACGGGAGGAAUUUCAAAUAGAAUGUCGGCAUGGAUAGAGCAUUCCUCAGCACCUGAAAAGUCAAAUCGAACCGUCAAGUAUCAAACUUUAGCUGCAGACUUGAUCCGUGGGGUGGAGGAGGUUGCCGGAGUCGUGGUCGGCUUUCAGUCUACCGGACAUACUUCAACCCCACCGGGUGGCAGUAACUUAUUGACGGUAGUUAGAGAGCUGGAGACAAUGAAACAGAAGUAUGCGGAAAGUCUCACAGCCUUCGAAGCACAGCGGAAAGAGUUGGACCACCUCAGAGCGACAUUGAGCCGACGGCCACAGGAGAACUGUCCGCCCCUUCCUCCUCGGGACGGAAUACCUCCUCAUGAUACGACAGGAAGACAACGCCGUCCUCGUCCGCUCCCGGUACCACCUGUCCUCACAACUUCCGAUAGUGGCACAGGGUUUAUAGAAACCGACGGUGAAGACCGUCCGGCGUCCGUACGAUUGGGCGCAGGCGCAGGGGUUGGCCGAUUGUGGGAGGAAAUCCGACGCUUGGAAGAUAUUGUGAGCGAGCUACGGACUAUUAAACCCGACAGUCUUUCCGGCAAGCUGGCCGCGCUCAAACCUGAACAGCAAGCUCGUGUUGAAGUAUUAAUAAACGAGAUACAAGCAAAGGCAAUGGCUGAUGCACGCAAAGAAGACAAGGUUGAACCACCACCUUCCGCUCCUCCGCCGCCGCCUCCGCCGCCUCCACCUCCACCACCUGCCACUGGCGGACCACCACCGCCGCCGCCUCCACCUCCUGCUGCUGGAGGAGGACCACCUCCACCACCUCCACCACCGGGAGGAAUGCCGCUACCCCCUGUCGGAUUGAAGAUUGUCAAAGCGAAACAGCCCAUGAAGCCUCUGCAAUGGGUGAAGAUUCCAAGUCGUCUUGCGAAGUCCACAAUCUGGGAGACCCUUGUAGAAGAAGCGUACCGAGGGCCGGUUAUUAAGGAGGUUUUCUUUGACGAGAAGGAGCUCGUGGAACUAUUUGCCAAAGAAGAAGCCCCACCACGUCCCAAACCACAGCCGAAAAAGGAAGCGGCUGUAAAGAAAGUCAUCACCCUGAUAGAUAGCCGAAGAGCGCAGAACAUUGCUAUCAUGCUGGGAGGUUUACGUCUCCAAUAUCCGGAAAUCAGGAAUGCUAUUAUCGAAAUAGACGAUAGUAUUUUGUCUGUUGAGCGGUUACAUGCACUUCGAAUGUGGGCGCCCACCGAUGAAGAGUGCGAUAUUGUUCGUGGCUAUGAAGGAGAUAUAGAAGAUCUCGGCAACGCAGAGAAGUAUAUUCGUGAAGUCAUGGAUAUACCUAGAUUAGCGUACAGACUGGAAAGCAUGCGCUUCCGCAAGCGGUUCGCAGAGGAGGUUGAAGAAGUCGUUCCGGACAUGGAAACUGUCCUACUUGCAUGCGAGCAACUUAAGAACUCCAAACGUUUGCGAAAGCUACUCGAAACGGUGCUGGUUGUGGGCAACUAUUUGAAUGGGACGUCCUUCCGUGGUGAUGCGCAUGGGUUUAAGCUGGAAGCACUCCUGAAUCUCAAAGAUACACGGGCGAGCAAAAACAACCACAGGACGGUUUCCACGCUUUUGCAUUAUCUUGCUAAGAAGCUGGACGAAAAGGAACCAGAACUCCUUGAUUUCAUGAGGGAAAUGCCCAGAGUCGAAUUGGCGGCGCGAGUGUGCAUCCCUGCACUUUUGGCAUCCAUCAAGGCGCUUCGUAAGGGAGUCGAAGGUGUCAAGGCAGAGCUUGCAGAGCUUGCUAAGCUCGGUCCUGCCAGCGAGAACGAUCGAUUUGUGCCAGUGAUGCAGGCCUUCAGUGCCCGCGCGGAAGUGCGUGUCGCUGGGCUGGAGUACCAAGCCGCCGUGGCGGAAAAGAAUGUCAAUGAGCUUAUUUCAUUCUUUGGCGAUGACCCGAAUGAAAGAGGAGACGCCCCGGAGGAAUUUUUUGGAUUGUUUGCAUCAUUUUCAAAUGCACUUGCGCGAGCGCGCCGGGAAAAUGAGGCAGCAGAUCGUAAAGCAAAACAGAAGGAGGCCUAUACGCAGCACGUGGCGCUCUUGAAAGCUAAUAGGGCGCGAUCGGCUUCUAACCCCGCUCCAGUUUUGGAGAGCAUAUCUAGAGAUGACUCCGCAUCAUCGUCCCCAGUCAGAUCACGGGAUCCUUCAUAUAGCGACUUGCGUGAAACGCUACUACGGUCGAUCGAAAUUGAGGAGGAGGUACAAAGUCCCACAGCAUCAGCUUCACAGGUGUUUGCACAAGAGUACGGACCUCGGGGUACAUUCCUUGCUAUUGUAGGUCCCGCAGAAGACGGCAUGUCUCGUCUCAAACCGGUUGAGGGACAGGACCCCUUUUCCUCGCGACUGACUGUCCGUCGGGGCAGGUCGUUCGGCAGUAUCGACGAUCGGUACGAAAGCGACGAUCCGUCAGCGAUGAUGGAGGAGACUGACGCUGAAGGACAGCUGCUUCUGUCGACCUCUUCUGGGGGUUUGGAUGCAACGACGCGCUUGAUGAAGGCGGGUUCAUUACUGAAGGCGCGUGUGACCUUGAGAAGAGCAAUGAAGUCAGUGAGGCGACCGCAAGUAGAAUCCGCAUCAUUCUCUGAGGCAAUUGAGCCGUUGCAAGAAACUGAUGUGGCUACAACCCCGGAUGAUGCGGCAAUUGCAAGGGCCAUAGCUGCUGCAGAGGAAAUGGAUGCUUCCAACAACGAAGGAUCACCUCAUGAUCAGGAACCGCCACAGUCUGGUCUUUCGGAUGAGGUCGCGUCGGGUGAUGAUCAAAAUAGGGUGGAAUUCGUUUUACAAGUUGAUGCUCCUGUUAGCAACGAUGUGGAAGAAUUAAUGGUGCGACAUCCUGAGGGUGAUCACCAGUCGGGGGUGCUGGACAGUUCCGACCACUUCUUAGACGAAUACAAGUUGAAUAGUCGUGAUGACGUUGAGAGUGAUCCCUACUGGAGAGAUGGAAACAGCGACGCAGAUACUGGUCGAGGUGAUGAAAAGAAUGUGAAUGCCUUGCUCAAGUUACAUGAAGGAAAUAGCCCAGAUCAGCAAGACAGCAACAAUGAAUCUUCAAAGGAGGACCCGCAAUCGGAUAUUCCAGACCCAUAACCAUGUAUGACCUUGAUAUCCCCCCUCAAGAACCCGUACAGCAUUUUGACAGCGAGCCCAUGCUAGAAACUGGCACCGCCCCUCACGAUGAUGAGAUCGAUAGGAUAUUGUAAUUUGAGAAGUGGGAGCGGACCCUAAGAUUGUCGGUGCACGGAACUUACCAAGUUUAAUCCAUUUUUGUGUACAUCAUGUUUAUUUUGAAUAUCUGAAUCUGUAAUAGCUCA